CGGGUUGCGGAGGGCCGGUUUGAGGCGCGCACCGCGCGGCGCCGGCAUGAGGGAGCUGCCGCCGGGCCCGGCGAUGGAGAGCGACAUCUUGGACGCGCUGGAGGCCUUGGGGUACACGGGUGCCCUGUUGGAGGAGGAUGCCCUGAAAAAAGCAGCAGAAAAUGGAUUGUCUUCACCAGAAUUUUUUGAGCUUUGCAUUUGGUUAGGUUCCCAGAUAAAGUCACUUUGUAAUAUGGAAGAAAGCAUCACUGCAACAGAUGGUGUGAAAGAUAUAGAGAGCUUCCAGCUUGAAAUUAGUGGCUUUCUGAGAGAAAUGUCUUGUCCGUAUUCCUCGCUGGUGUCUGGAGACAUCAAAGACAGAUUGAGAGAGAAAGACGAUUGUCUUAAACUCCUGUUAUUUCUAAGUACAGAACUUCAGGCUUUAAAAAUACUGCAGAGCAAGAAAAUUAAAGGCUCUCGUUUGGAAAAGCACAAUGAAAUUAUUCAGGAAGUGCAAGCUAUUUGCGAUGCACUGGGUCUGCCAAACUCCUCAUCUUCUGGUCUUCCUCCCUUGUUAACCAGUGUGGAACAAAAGAUAAAGGACAUCCUCUCAAAAGUUAAAAAUAACCAUGUGGGGACAUCACUGCUAACAAAACCUCUGAACUCUGACCAAGUGGAAAGAUUGGAGAAAAUCAAUGAUGCUCUUUGCAGUGAGUACGAGUGUCGACGGCGGAUGUUGAUGAAGAGGCUCGAUGUGACUGUGCAGUCUUUUGGCUGGUCUGAUAGAGCAAAGGUAAAAACAGAUGAAAUAGCACGGAUCUAUCAGCCCAAGCGCUAUGCGUUGUCUCCAAAGUCCACCAUUACAUUAGCUCACCUUCUUGCUGCUCGUGAGGACCUGUCCAAGAUCAUAAGAACAAGUAGUGGAUCAACACGGGAGAAGACCGCCUGUGCUAUCAACAAGGUUCUGAUGGGCAGAGUCCCUGACCGUGGAGGCAGACCAACAGAGAUUGAACCACCUCCUCCUGAAAUGCCUCCAUGGCAAAAAAGACAAGAAGGUGGUGGAAGAGGUGGCUGGGGGGGUGGUGGUGGUGGUGGAAGGGGUAACUGGGGUGGUGGAGGGGGUAGAGGAGGAGGAGGAGGUGGAGGUUUCAGAGGUGGUGGAAGAGGUGGGGGUGGCUUCCAGGGUGGGGGUGGCUUCCAGGGUGGAGGUGGCUUCCAGGGUGGAGGUGGCUUCCAAGGUGGCAGAGGAGGUUAUGGUGGCAGGGGAGGCUAUGGUGAUCCGUAUGGCGGAAGAGGAGGGGGAGGAUACAGAAGAUACUAAAGUACCGUAAAUCUUAACAGAGUAAGUGGCAGAAUAUAGUGGUGGUGUUUACUGGUACUAGGAAUUUAGAUAUGUUGACUUGGAUUUAGGUUAGAAUUAAGUAUGACCAUAUGAGUCGUUUCAUUAGACCCACUGAUGUUCUCACUGAGUUCUUUUAGUUACCUGAACAGAAGUUUUAUACUAAAAUCUGAUGACUAAAGUCCUUGUUUUUCAUACUGCUUAUAUGGUGUUUUUUUAUUAUGUCAUUUUAUUUAAAAUAAGUCUCAGAAAACUGAAUAAAACCCUUUCUAAACAAACAAAAAUAUGUUAAUGGUCAGACCUCUCUAAUUUAUUGCAUGUUGCAUGUCUACACUCCUUCUCCAAAAUAUUAUGUAGAAAAAACAAAGUAGGCCUAAGAACUGGAUGAAACCACUUUUAAAAACUCAAGAAUGCUGCUUUCAGGCUUGUUCUCUUCAUCUCAUUGUUCUUCAUUCAUAGUUUUCAUGUGGGACAUGUAAAUGAAUUCUAAUUUCAAAUGUUAAAAUCCUUAAGGCUUUGGUCAAAACUACUUUAUUACAUUCAAUUAUUCUUGCAGACCUUCACAUUAUAGUAACAUUGUUAAUUAAUACUCUACAUAAAUUAAUCAAAUCAGGUUGUGUUUUGUGUUCAUAAUGUAUCAGACACUCUUUAAUGAUCAGAGCAUGUACUGUAAACUGAUAGUGAGUUUUGAUAGUGUCUUAUUUUCAUUUUACCUUUUUUUCAUUGUUGAUGUUUCAUAAAAAAAAUUUAAUAUUCGGCAGAAAGCCUGCAGCCAUCAUGUCUGGUAUGAAUUCAUGUAUAUAUCCUUGUAUCAGCUUUGAGACACAAAGUUUGAAUAAGCUGAGCUUUGUAAGAAAGAAUAUGACAUUUCUUCUAGCCUUUUUUCUUUCCCCUUAUUUUUUUAAAUUAUCUUCUCCCUGCCUGCUCUGUGUUUGGGAGUCACCAACUGCCUGGUUAAUAAGUUAACAAGGCACUUCAUGCCUUUUCUCUCCCUGCCAAACUAAAAGAAGCCCUGUCUUGACAUGUUAUGGGUGCCUUUUCCCUCACAUACACUGUUAGUCUGAAAGGAGUUAGCUGUCAUACCAUCAUGGCUGUAAAUAUAUGCAGACAGGAAUUAAAUUUAGAAUUGUCACUUAAAGAAGUCAGUUAUUGCUGCCCAAUAUCUUUUAAAUCUCCCAUGUUGUGAGGCCACUCCUGAGAGCAGAGGUGGAACGGGGAUGAUGCCUGAGUAUGUUUUCAUGCUAGUAUUUAUCAGGAUCAGGUCACUACAGACAGAUUCAGGAAGUCAUCUGAUUAACCUGAUGUGUCUGAUGAUUAAAUAGCACAGCAGACUUGAAGCACUUGUAAUUGUAGGCAUAACUGCAGGUUGAACUUAAGGAUUUGGUUUUGGAUUUAUAUUCCUCAGUUACAAGUUCUUUCUGCACACAUUUCCUAUUGGUGUCCAUUGGUAUGCUUUAAAGAUGAUUUUUUACCUUCAUAAACAUAUGUAUCAUGUCCUCUUUCGUUGGCAACUUCAUGCCUGAAUGUAAAGUCCUGUUCCAAAUGAAAUUAUUAUCUUUCAAAAGUUUUUCUCCUGUUAUUUCCUCUCUCCUCAGUUUUCUUGAGAAUGCUGCCUCUGAUGUGAUAGAUAUGGCUUUACCCAGGCUUUAGGAUAGCAGCAGGUGCCUGACAAAACGAAGCAGAAGUUUUGCUUGCUAGAACAUGUUAGCUGGGAUGUGAACUUUUGCAGUAAUGGCUUAAUGGUACCCAACUGCUAGCACUGUAGUUCCUUUACCAGAUUUUUUCUAUGCUGCUUACUGGCCUAAGCCCUUGGCAGCCUCUGCAGUAUUUGUCCUGAGCUUUUGCCUGAUGCUCUGGAAAAGCUCCCAAACUGAUGACAUACCAAAUGAGACUGCUGGCCUUGGAGCAAAGUGUUGGUCAGCAAAGGAAUAGAGAGCAGUUUUUUCACUACCAAAGCCUUAAGAUUAAAUUCUGUUUGCUCAUCACAAUGUUCCUUUUUGCUACAAGUCAUCAGCAGUCAAGCAUGUGGCUUUAUCAAGGAAAUACACUUGGAAAAACAAAGAACUUACCUAUGCUUAAAGGUUUCAUUAGUCUUAGGAUGCAAGGUUGCAGUGGUUUAGUUGGAUUGUUUUAACUGCAGCUGUGGAUGUACCUUGGUGUUUUUACACUCAUCAGUCCAUCCUGUUUCUAGUAAGCAGGACAGUUCUGAAUGAAGUAAAUCAUCAAGUGAAGCAGGUACAUGCCCACUUCAAUUCUAACAGUUAAAUUAUUUCAGUAUCAUAUUUCAGCUUUCUGUAUGUAGACCAUGUAAAAUAUGGAAAUAAAAAUAGCCUGGAGAUUUUCUUUUCUAAUCUGGCCAUUUCAGUUUUUCUUAAGUAAUUGCAGAAUGUGAAGCCAGUAGCUGAAAACUAAAGUAAGCACCACCAUAUUUCAUGGAGGCAUCCUUUGUUGUCCUCUUGUCAGAAGGUAUGCUUUUAAUUUUUCAAACAAUGCAGUAACACCAUGAAAGUUAUUGAUUUAAACCUCAAGUUUUGUUUUGAAAAAAAAAGUAUUUUCAAAAAUUCUGUUGUAAGUAAAAGAUUUUCAUAUAUAUGUUUGUGAACAUUUUUUGUGUUUAUUCACACUUAGUGAAUACCUAAAUAUUGAUUUGUUUGUUGAAGAACUGAAAAAAAAGGUUGGGGAUUUUUUUCAGGAAUUGAGAGAGAUACUUUUGUCAACAGCUGUAAACAUUGAGGAAUAAAGUACUGUAUUUGAAAGUA